GUGGGAUUAGCAGAGACUGGGAGUAUCUCUGCACUGUCAAACACAGAUCCCUCUCCUACCCUCAGCUGGUCUCCACUCAGUCUCAGCGCACGCUGUGGAGAACCCUCGUGCUCUAAAGUGUUCUCCUGAGUGCCAGUUGACAAGGUCAUGAUGAAGGGUGCUCCACCAGGUCUCCUCCUUGGCACAGUGCUUUUCCUCUGCAGCCUGUUGAUCCUUGGCACUGCCAGAACGACCUCCGGGCCGACACCGGAGCAGAAGGAAGUCAGGAUCCGCUUGGCGGGAUUGAAGAGGACACACCACGAAGGUCGCGUGGAGGUUUUCUACAGUGGCCAGUGGGGCACAGUGUGUGAUGAUGACUUCACCCUCGACGUUGCGACGGUGAUCUGCCGAGAGCUGGGCUAUGAGGGAGCGCUGACUUGGGCCCACAGUGCAAAGUACGGCCAAGGCAAAGGCCCCAUCUGGCUGGACAAUGUGAAAUGCAGAGGUGAAGAGGAGUCCAUCACCGCCUGUGAGUCUAACGGCUGGGGUGUUAAUGAUUGCAAACACAGUGAGGACGUUGGCGUGGUGUGCUCAGAAAAGCGACUGGCUGGACUCGAACACAAAGAGACCUUUACUAAGCUUCAGGGCCAGAGCAAGGUGGAUGAAGUCCGCAUCCGACCGGUCUUGGCAUCGGCCAGGCUGCGGAACCCGGUCACCGAGGGCGUGGUGGAGGUCAAGUACCAGGGCAGGUGGAAGCAGGUCUGUGAUGCCGACUGGACCUUCAACAACAGUCGGGUGGUGUGCGGAAUGCUCGGCUUCCCAGGAGAGCUCCCGGUAAACAUGAGGAUUUACAGGAAGUUGUGGGAUCAAAAGAUGAGGAAUCCCAAAGCCAGGCUGUCCUCAGCCGUCAGGAAGAAGAGCUUCUGGAUCCACAAGGUGUCGUGCAGUGGCAAUGAGUCCCAUCUCUCCAAGUGCACCAUCCGGGUAUCGGCUGGGAAGAAAGUGCACCCCUGUGAGAAUGGCAUGCACGCGGUGAUCAGCUGUGUGGCAGGACCUGCCUUCACACAGGGCACUGGGAAUCGCUUCCGGAAGGCCUAUCAGGCUGAGCAACCCCUGGUUCGGCUAAAGGGCGGAGCGCAGACGGGCGAAGGGAGAGUGGAAGUCCUGAAGAAUGGCAAAUGGGGAACAGUCUGCGAUGACCGAUGGAACCUUCUGUCAGCCAGCGUCGUGUGCCGUGAGUUGGGUUAUGGCUCCGCCAGGGAGGCGCUUCCCGGAGCUCGGCUCGGGCAAGGUGUGGGUCCCAUCCACAUGAAUGAGGUUUCGUGCAGUGGCUUCGAGAGGUCCCUGACCGACUGCAGCUUCCGUGAGGUCAUCAAUGACAACUGCAAACACGAAGAAGAUGCAGCUGUCCGAUGCAAUGUUCCACACAUGGGCUUCAAGAGUAAGAUCCGUUUGAAUGGUGGUCGUAAUCCCUUGGAAGGCCGUGUGGAGAUCCUGACAGAAGUCAACGGUACAAUGAAGUGGGGCACAGUGUGCGGCGAGCAUUGGAGACUGACCGAGGCUAUGGUCGUGUGCCGGCAACUGGGGCUAGGCUUUGCCAACCACGCACUUCAGGAAACCUGGUACUGGCAGGCUGACCAUACCACAGACAACGUUGUCCUCAGCGGGACCUCCUGCUCAGGGACAGAGCUCUCCAUCUUGCAGUGUUCCCAUCACCGUGAUCACGUCGACUGCCCGCGAGGUGGGGCUCGUUUUGCUGCUGGAGUCAUCUGUGCGGAGUCUCUUCCUGACCUGGUCCUGGAUGCGCAGCUUGCCCAGGAGUCUGCUUACCUGGAAGACCGGCCCCUCCACAUGCUGUACUGUGCCCAUGAGGAAGGAUGCCUCUCAAAGUCAGCGGACUCUAUGACAUGGCCGCACGGUCAUCGCCGGCUCCUUCGCUUCUCAUCACGGAUACACAACAUUGGCCGCUCCGACUUCAGGCCACGGGCUGGCCGACACGCCUGGAUCUGGCAUAGCUGUCACGGACACUACCACAGCAUGGAGGUCUUCACUCACUAUGACCUCUUGACCCUGAAUGGCAGCAAGGUCGCAGAAGGACAUAAAGCAAGCUUCUGUCUCGAAGACUCAGACUGUGAAAGAGGCAUUUACAAACGAUACGCCUGCGCCAACUUUGGGGAGCAAGGUGUCACUGUGGGCUGCUGGGAUCUCUAUCGCCAUGACAUCGACUGUCAGUGGAUUGAUGUUACUGAUGUUAAACCAGGAAACUAUGUCUUUCAGGUCCACAUCAAUCCCAACGCCGAGGUGGCUGAGUCUGAUUUCUCAAACAACCUUGUGAAGUGCCGAUGUAGAUACGAUGGUUUUCGGAUCUGGAUGUAUGGGUGCCACACGGGUGAUGCCUUCAGUGCUGCAAUUGAAGACCAGUUUGAACAUCAGCUGACCCUGUCCAAUAACGUGUCCUAACAAUGGAGACUACACUUACAAUACCAGGCAAUACCUCGGACCUCCUGCUCUGGAUCUGUACCCCGGCCUCGUUCAGAAUCAGACUUGGACUACCACGCGAGGGAAGGGUUUUACAAACCAGUCACUGAACGGGACCCGGGAGUACAAUCUGAUCGUGCACUAGGAACUUGUGGUCAUGUCCCGAUAGGAAUAGGUGCUUUAGGGUCACCUUGGCUUUUAGCGCCAGGCGAAGGAAAUGAACGACAGCAAAUUGAAGAGCAGUCCACCCCUUCCCUGAUUUGCUUCGCCCGAUGAGAAAAGUUAAUCGUAACCCCCUCUGUGUAUGUGGUUUAUUUUUCUUUUGUUUUCAAAUAUUGUUCAAAGCUGAUCUCAUAACGACAAUACUUGUACAUUGAAAUAUUGGAGGAUAUUUUUUGAAAGAUCUAUAUAAAUAUAUAAUAUUAAACAAAA